AUGAAAAAAACAAAUAAUGAAGCUGCUGAAGAAUUCGAUAAUGCAACAUUUGAUAGUGAUUUUGAAAAUGAAUAUUUUGAUGAUAUUGACGAGGAAAAUGAUAUUCAUGAUAGUGAAAAUGAAAAUGGAGAAGAUUUUGAGGAAGAAGAAAUGAUUGAAGAAGAUUUAUGUGAGGAACAAAUUUUAUUUGAUAAUAAAACACAUUCGUUUGGUUAUGAAGGUGAAUCGGAAUUUACCAGUUUAGCAUUGGUUGAUCGUGGUACCUCUUUUAUGAGCGAUACUUUGCAUACAAUCUAUCAUGGUGCUUUUAAGAAAUUAUUACAAUUAUGGACAGAAUCAUCAAACAAGCAGCCGUGGUCGAUAGCACGUUUUCUUCCAUUGAUAAAUCAUGAUAUUCAAAAUAUUCGUUAUCGUAGCACAACAGCAAGAGCACCACGAAGAUAUUUAUUAGCAUCUAUUCAUGGUACCAAACGACCAGGUAGUAAAUUACUAACGAAUCUUCAGCUAUUCCAACAAUCCUAUUUCGCUUCAAAAAAUCAUUGUUCAUCAUCAAAUCUUUCGACGUUUAUAGAAUAUUUAGAAACUAAAAAAAGACAUUGUCGUCAACAACAACAAAUAUCAAGUGAAUAUGUUUCAAAAGAUGAUUUAGAAUUAUUAUAUACAUCAAUUUCGAAGAAAAGUGCAGUGAAAACCAUGAAAUCGAGUAAGACAUAA